CUGGAUUGUGUUGAAGUGCCUUGUAUUGGUCGAAGCGCAGCGCUACCCUUUGCACCGACGACGUCCGCUGGUCGACAUGAACAACAAUGGAUACCCUUCUCCUGUUUCAAGAACAACUUCACGGGGAGAAGGCGAUAGUAUUUCUGAAACCCGGGAGCGUCAACCGCAAGAUAGAGCCGAUGGGCGCACUUCACACCGAAAUGGCCUACAGUCCGCGGCAGCAUCCCUCGACGCCGCGUUCGCCAGGCUGGAGCAAGUCAGAGCCAGUCUGCUGCAACUUUCCGGAAGACUAGCUGAGUCCAACCCCCAAUUAGGCUCUCGCGGUCACCUGGGACCUGCGCACGAUGCCAUCCUGCUCACAGGCACUUUGGUGGAUGAACCAGGGGAGUAUGUCGCACCUUAUGAUCCAGCACAGGUCAGCGUCAUCUCCGAGUUCCAAGAUUCCCUUCGCCGCGCCGUACAGGCACAGAGUUCGCUCACUCAGUUCGUGGAACAAACCGCCGCCAUUCGACAAGGCCACCAAUCCGGAAGUUGGCCACCACCACCCCAGGUUAGACUGCCCCACCGUCCCCUGCCCCCGGAUUCACAACCGCCUCGCUAUCAUCGCGAGUACUCGAGAGACGAUGGUGUUACUGCCAUAGGAAGAAGAGUCGCUGCUCGGACAUCGCCUGGCAGCAGGAACUCGACCAAUUCAAACUCGCCUCUUAACCCGAGGCCAGUGGUACCCCCAAUAGAUGUUACCACCACCGUCCCUCCCGGAAGGCCAGCACGACCAGAAUCAGGUCGAUUGGAUCCAUUGGUUGAAGAGGCACUCGGUGCUGCCCAGAGAGCAUCUCAAACGGGCGAUCUCAAUGAACUACGCCGGCUUAGCCAAAUACAAAGUCAACUGGCUUCCCCGGCCAACUCCCCACUCCACCUUCAAAUGCGACAGGAAGUUAUCCGUGAUCGUAGCAGGAGGAGACCUACAAGGACUGAAGGCCGUCAAACAACAACGUCCACUACCCGAACAUCAGGAAGCUUGCCUGCAGACCAGAUGUCGAGGCUUUCCCUUCUAUCCAACAUGUCCUUGAACAACUUCUCCCUCACUUCAACGUUGCCCUCGGGUUCGCACUCUUCCCCUCAACGCCCAUUACUUUUUGACGAGCCGGAAGCCUAUACUUUCUCUCCUGUUGGCACUUGGCCGGAGGAUGAUGUCUUCAUUGAAGACACACCCUUGGGACGCAGCUAUAUCGUCCGCAGGCGUGUUGACACCGGAGGAGUGGAACGCGUUCAAAGUAUCCAAUAUGAUUGGAAUGAUCUUGACAGUCAAUAUCUAGCUCCAAUGGAAGGCGAUACCACAGAGAAUCCUAUCACUCGACGCCGAAUGCUCAAUAACUUCCAAGAAAGAACCCUCCGCGUUCCGCCGGCUCCGCCGUCCGCUAUGCAGACCGCGGUCGCAACGCCGCGCAGAAGGGGAUGGGCCCGCUUGGAUCCGGAUGGAAAUGAAAUUCCGUCAGAAGAAGAGGAGGAACUGGAACGUCAUCGAACGGAGUACAGAAUCCGGGCUUCAACUCUCCAAGCAAGAGCCGCUAACCUCGCCCGAACCACGCCUAUGCAACAAUCUUCUAUGCGUGGAACGGUCUGGGAUUCGGUGGCCCAAGUCACCGACGCAGACAUCCCGUCGCGGCACUCUCGGAGCAAGCGCUCAAGCGCGAACGAUGCGAAUGGCCACGGUGGCCCAUUUGUGGUCAACCCCCUACCCAUGUCACUUGAUGAUAUGGUCCCAACCAAAAAAACAGACAAGGACGAUCAGCUUGUCAUCAUUGUCUCAAGGCAUGCCAGUUUUGCGGGGCGGUGA